UUGCAGCUAAGUUCACACUGAAAAAAUGGCCGAGUGACAUUUGUGUGAAAAAAAAAUAAUUUGCGUUUCGUGAGAAAAAAUACAUUUUGGUGAAAAUCUAGUGAAAAAAGUGCAAUAAAGUGAUGAGUGAAUUGUUAGAAAGGUUCAUAAAAUAAUGUAGAAGUUCUUUAGUGUAGGAAAAAUGUGAUAAUCAAGUGGACGAGUGAAGGAGAGUGUGCGAGAGAAAAAAAUCGAUUUCUUUGUGGACAUUUUCUAUUCUCGUGCUGUGACGGAAGUUUGAGUGGCUGCUGCUGCUCUGUGGAAACAUGAUGGAAAUUGUGGGUGAAUAUGAGUACAACAGCAAGGAUCUAAUUGGGCAUGGAGCUUUUGCUGUUGUAUUCAAGGGGCGCCACAGGAAGAAGCCCAAUCUUCAGGUAGCCAUAAAGAGUAUCACAAAGAAGAGUCUCGCCAAAAGUCAGAAUCUCCUGGGGAAGGAGAUUAAGAUACUGAAAGAGCUCACAGAGCUUCAUCAUGAGAAUGUUGUGGCAUUGUUGGAUUGCAAGGAAUCCCAGCUCAAUGUCUACCUCGUGAUGGAAUAUUGCAAUGGAGGAGAUUUGGCAGACUACCUCAAUGGCAGAGGCUCUCUCAGUGAGGAUACAAUCCGCUUGUUCCUGGUGCAAUUGGCUGGUGCCAUGAAGGCACUCUUCGCCAAGGGAAUUGUCCAUCGGGAUCUGAAGCCACAGAACAUUCUGCUGUCACACUCGAACGGCAAGACAUUUCCACCACCGUCGAAGAUCAAACUGAAGAUUGCUGACUUUGGCUUUGCCAGAUUCCUUCAGGAUGGCAAUAUGGCAGCAACACUCUGUGGAUCACCCAUGUACAUGGCCCCGGAGGUGAUCAUGUCCCUGCAGUAUGACGCCAAGGCGGAUCUCUGGUCGCUCGGCACAAUUGUGUUUCAGUGCCUCACGGGAAAGGCACCAUUCCAGGCACAAACACCCCAAGAGCUCAGGAAUUUCUAUGAGAAAAACGACGGACUGGCUCCAAAGAUCCCACCAGGCACCACGCCAGAGCUCACAGAUCUGCUGAUGGGUCUCCUGAGGCGCAAUGCCAAGGAUCGCAUGAGUUUCGAUAGAUUCUUCAAUCAUCCCUUCCUGCAACGUCCAGUGACACCGCAGACACCCAAAGCACCAUCUCCCAUUCCUACGGCUCCAGCAGCCGAGCCCGAGAGUGCAGCAAUUGCGUCCAGUCACAGUUCCGGCAAAUCCUCAUCCAGUCAGGAGAGUUCGGAUGACUUUGUACUGGUGCCCAAUAAUCUCCCGAGUGAUGCCACAGGUGUCACUUUUGAGCGUAGACAGAGUCGAGUGUCCCUGGGAGGAUCUCCGCAGGCUCCUGUAGCCGCGAGUCCACCAUCCAGACCGAGCACUCUGCCAAUUUCAGAACCUAAACCCGUGCCACAGCCAAUGCGCACGGCCACAACAAUCCCACGCAGCCAGCCCAUUACGAUGAAACGCUCAGACAAUCGAACUGGGCCAGAGAUCAGCUCAAUCUCUCCGCCGGCUGUGCAGUUUGUCAUUGGAACACCCCCGGAUGGCAAACGUCGACGAUCUACAUCGGCAGGCUCCCUGUCAGAGUCCCCUCAGAUUUGGACUGAGACACCUCCGCCGCCUCCGUGUACAUGGCAAGUGAGUCCAGCUGCAUCUCAUCAGUCACCCCUGCGACGCUAUCCUUCGGGAUCGCCAGUCCUGGCUGCUAAGAUGCCCAUAAAGUUGGCCAGUCAGAUUGUCUUGCCGGACUUUGUGGGCUUGGGAGGUACGGCUGAACACCCAAUCACCUUCCAUGCCCCUGAGUUACCUGCAGAGACAAUUCUGGAACGUGAGCACAAUGAGACUCUAGCCAAGCUUAAUUUUGUCUUGGCCCUCACGGAUUGCAUUCUCGAAGUGGCCGACGCCAGAUGUGCUCCCUUGUCAGCUCUCAUGUCUGCUGAUGCACCACCUAUCACACCACAUGCCCCCGAACACUGCAAACGUGCCGAGCGUCUCGUGCUACUCGUCAGAGCUCUGCACCUUCUACGGUCGGGGAUGCACUUGGCACAGGAGCAAUUGCAACAAGGUCAACUGAAGCCAUCCAAUACUGUGAAGAAUGUUUUGCAAACGAUGAACAAUAAGUACCGAUCGACACUGUAUGAGUCAAAGAAGCUGAAUGGUACGGGGUUGCUGAGAAAGGCAACUGCCAGCAAUAUAACAGCCGAUAAAAUUCUCUAUGAUCAUGCAAUUCAGAUGUGUCAAUCGGCAGCUCUGGAUGAGCUUUUUGGCAAUCCAGAAGAUUGCUUUGCACGCUAUCAGACGGCUCAGAUUCUUCUGCAUUCGCUAGCACAGAAGUGUAGCAAUCCGCAGGAUAAAAUGCUGUCGUCCAAGUACAAGGAUGCUGUGGAGAAGAGAUUGUAUAUUCUUCAGCAGCAGGGAUAUAUUUAUUCCACCCAAGAAGAUGAAUUGGCGUAAGAUCUCAUGAUGGUUACUUUAUUUUCUCUAGAGAUUUCUUAAAGGAAACAAACAAAAAAUGAGGUUGUUUUAUAAAAAAAAAGAAGGAAAAAUAUCGAUUGGGUGGAGAAAUUGUCGAAUGUACCAUUGAGUCAUCACACGAAUCUGCGAAGAAUCCUGGGGAGAAUUUGCAUAAAAUCACAUUUUAUACACUUCUAUGAUCUCAAUUUCAAAGAAAAUGGGCUUAUAAUCACCUUUAAAAUUAACAUGAGAUUAUUUUCUUUAAGACAAUUCUCCCAUUUUCCCCUCCUCGAAGUUAACACUCCAAAGAUUAUCUUUCUCACACUAAUUUUUUCUUCAUCAAAUGCGUGUGAUGAUUGUCCAUAAAAUUAUUCAGUCAUUGAUGAUUCUCAGAUUAAAAAAAAAGAAAA